AUGCAGUCAGUAACACUCCUUCUCAGUCUUUUGGCCGUCGCCACUGAGGCUGCCCCUCAGUUUGGUGGGCUUGGUGGUGGAUCAGGCGGCUCCAGUGGCGGAGGACUUGGUGGGUUGUUGGGCGGUGGCGGCGGCGGCGGACUCGGUGGGUUGUUGGGCAAUCUGUUGGGCGGUCUUUUGGGCGGUUCCGGCGGAUUCGCUUCUUUGGGAGAACCUAGCACUGGUGGCAGUGGCCCGUAUCCAGCGAAUUUCUCAACGGACCCAGGUCUACCUAAACACACCAUCUAUCUUCCAAACGAGAUUCCCGCAGAUCUGAAGCUGCCUGUUCUCGUUUGGGGAAAUGGAGGUUGUAUGGCCGACGGUACCGGGUUCCAAGGGGCUCUAACCGAAUGGGCUUCCCACGGCUUCCUGGUUAUUGCCAAUGGCAGUCCAGGCGGCUCCGGCCAGACUACUUCGGACAUGUUACUCCAAUCGAUCGAGUUUGUUACUCAGAACGCCGGUAACGGGAAAUACGCCAAUAUUGAUGCGAGCCGAAUUGCUGCUGCGGGACAGAGCUGCGGUGGUCUCGAGGCAUACGAUGUCGCCCCCGAUCCUCGCGUUUCGGCUAUUGGGAUUUUUAACUCUGGAGAAUUCACAGACUCAGCAUCACAACAAACGAUCGCUCAACUGCAGCAGCCCGUCUUCUAUUUCCUUGGUGGUCCAGACGAUAUCGCCUAUGAAAACGGCGAACGUGAUUUUCAAAAUCUGCCCAGCAAUAUUCCAUCAUGGAAAGGCAACCUCCCUGUUGGCCAUAUGUCAACCUUUAUGGAUAAGGACGCUGGCAAAGUCGGGGUUGCGGGCGGCAACUGGUUGAAGUGGUUACUGAAAGGUGAUCAAGAAGCAGCGCAAUGGUUCACUAGCGGCUCUGCCCAACAAGCAGGGUGGGACGUAGAGGAGAAGAACUUGCAAAGUAUCCAGGUUACACCUAUUUAA